AACUUUUACGCUAUCGAGAACGUUAAGAAACUCGCACUAAGCACACAGGUCGCGAGGAUCCACCGAAUGCGGACAACUCUUGACCGCUCAUUGUUGAAAGUCCUAAAAGCUCAGUGCUGAAAGUGGGACACUUUUUCAAACUACUCCCAAAUGAGACUGUUCUCCUUACCUCUACCCUCCAUACCGACUGUCAACCACUUUAGUGGAGUACUACCAUUUCAUUUAAUCUUUUAGUUAAUGUGCAGGCACCUAUCUAAAAUUAAGGAUAUGCCUCGAUAAUGGUAAAUGGCAAUCUAAACUGAUAUUUUUUGUGAUUUAUUACACACAAAGUAGCAAAUUAGAUAUGAAUUGUUAAACGGAACUGCUUCUUUCCUGGUGGAGAUAGAUCACUGCAAUCUUUACAAAUCGGUAUAAAAUUCUAGAGGUCUGUAGUAAUUAAUAAUUAUUGUGCGCGAACUACACAAAAAAUACUGGAUUUGUUUUGACCAUUUCAUACAGUUAUUUAUUUUUUAAUUUUUUUACACCAAAAAAACAACAACGUAUAAAGCACGCACAGAAACAAUCUUAAGUUAUUACAUAGUAAGUUUUCUUCUAAAAAAUCAAAAACAGAAAAAUUCAAAUAGUUAAAACGUAGGUACGUAAUAAUAAAAUAAAAUAUUUUUAGGUUUACAUCUUGGUCAUUUAAAUGAACUCCCUAAUAAAUUUGUUAUUCUAAUCUUCAUAAAAUUCGUUCCAUUCCACUCAUGCCCAGAUAAUACAAAUAAUAUUAUAUAGUUCCACUUUGGAUUAAAAGCCCAGAGUCCAAGCCAAUAAAAAAAUCAAUGUCUGUUAUUUUGAAAGACGUUUGACUAUUUUCUACUAAACGAAGUUUGUAUUUUAUGAAAAAACAAAGUACAAUGUCUUUUAGAGACGAAAUAAUUGAUUUGACAGAUUCAUUUACAUUAGCAAACCACUGUGCUCUAGCGGAUUUCAUUAUUGAAUUAGAUGAAGAAUCUUACAUUCAAAAUGAAACAUCUCUUUUAAAUGUAGAUUCUUCAUUAGAAACAACAUCAAUAAAUAAUAUUUACAGCAUAGAUAAUAGUCAUACUUUGGAAAAAAAAGGAAACAAAAAGAAAAAAUCCACAUCUACUAAAAAACAAAAUAGUCAUAGUACAUCUUUAAGAAAACCAAUUAUUGAAUCAUCAAUAAAAUUUGGUGACUGUCCAAUUUGUUGUGAAGAACUUGGUACAAACCCUUUGGCUUCUACAAAAUGUGGACAUGUAUAUUGUCUGAAAUGCCUUGAACGCUGUCUCAAAACAGAAAAAAAAUGUCCUACCUGUAGAAGAAUAUUGAAAGGGAAUUAUGCAUAUCAUCCUCUAUUUUUGGGAAAUUCGUAAUAUUAUAAUAGUCUAAAAUAGUAACUUAAUUUAUAGUGCUCACAUAAUAAAAAUGAAGAUAAUUCAAUAAGAAUAUGAAGGUGAUAAAAAAUUGACAGUAGCUUCUCACUUGUGAUAAGUUACAACUCAUAUUUUCAGUUGACAAUUUAAGCUAUGUGCACAACAUAUAACAUAGCUUAUAUUAAAUCAAUAAAAAUAAAUUAAAACAAUAAAAUUACUUAAUAUAUUUUCAUUUUUGGAAAACACAUUCUUUUAUAAUUAGACAAUGAUCUUAAAGGUUAGCUGUUUUCUUUGUUGAGACCACAUGUACCAUUUUAAUAUAUUUGAUGUAAAUAAUAACAAUGUAUUUAUUAUUCAAUGCCCGUGAUUUAUAGCCCGUUAGAUAGUUAUUACGUUUUAAAUGUAGAUGCCAAACCUUGAAACAAAUAUUCUUAUGUUAAUUUUUUAGUGAUAUUUUUCCAAUGACUGUUUUUUAAACAUUUUGCUAUUACAUAUAAAAUAACACAGGAAACCACAGAUUUCAAGUAUUGUAGCUCUGUUUAGCGAUCUUAUGGCAACAUGAAUUACAACCCCUUUUGCACUUGCACUCCCUAAUUGCUCCCGAUUCUUGCAUGACUAUUUAAUAAGGUGUACAUUAAUCUGCAAUUACUAGUCAAACUCGAUCGCCAUUGGAAGAUCAUUAUUUACGACACAGAUUGAAGAUGUUUUUCUAAAAUAUAUCUUAUUAUGUCAGAAUUAUUCCAUGUUAUAAAAUACUGGUAAUAUCUGGUUUUAUAAAGAAAUCCAACCGUUAGCAAACCUACUCGCUACUCUAUCGGUACAGUGACCCGUCCAGCAGUUUCACUCAGACAAAACACACUGCCGUAGCGAAAUGGUUAAUAUAAUAAAAAGAAUAAUAGGUUUUUAUGGAUUGCGGUUAGUAUACAAAAAUAUUUGUAAAAUGUAAAUAAAAUAUCAGAAUUGUCCAUUAAACGACACUAAAAAUUUUAUUUUUCAGUUCUAGUCAGUAGGCAUCUCUAAACUAUGUAUCAGUAAUAACACAGUUUACUCUUUGACCCAAAUUGACAUUGUUUUUAUAUUAACGAACUUCGAUCAAAAGUAAGGACUACAGGAUUUUUUUUAAUUCAACAAAAUAUACCUACCUAUGUCAAACACACAACUACAGCUAGGCAUUGAAAAGUACAUGAUGAAAUUAAUAACUAUUUAUUACAAUUAACUUUUAUUGUUAUACCGGUCACUGACAUUCGCACGAAUACGCAAACCCGCA